AUGCCAUCCUUUGCGAGGAUGGCAAUGCAUAAGAAGACCAGUGUCAUCGGCCCUCCCCAAUCGGGCGGACCAUCCACUUCAGCACAUCCAACCCGGCGACUUCGUGCAGAUAAGAACUUCAAGCCAAAGAGCAGAAUCACCAUCGCUGGCUUGGCCCAUUCCAAGUUCACCUCGUCACAACACACCGCUUGGAAAGUCCGGAGAGGCAACCUGGGGAUCCUACGCAUUCGCAACGCAAACAAGUUCCCCUCUUCUUGCGGAGCGUACAACUCCGGGGUGGUUGAUGACCUGAGUGAGAUGAGCGACUCACUCGUUGGGGGUUGGGGCCCUCUUCGGCUUUUGACCCCGAAUGAACAACAGAGUAUUUUACGGGCAUCACAUGCCGACAGGAAAGCAGUAAGGGGUGAAGUGACCUCCUCCUCUGGUGGAUACGACCCUGCCAGGCCAGGGCUCCUCAGGUGCAAGCUGGCCUCCGACAAUCCCGCGGUGUUGGUGGAUGCCACCCACACACAUAAGGGCACAAAGCACACAUACGACAAGAGGAGCGAAGGCGAUGAAGCCGGGGCUGGUUGCUGUGAUGGAGUGUUUAUCCAGGCCUCAUAG